GUCAUCACGUCGCUCCUGCCGUGUCUGUGUUAGCUUUAGCUGGCAGGGUUGUCAAUCAUCAACAUGGAUUGAACAGACUCUGACUUUUAUAUUUCACAUGGCAGGACGCUGGAAAAGCAAUGUAUGUGACGGGUACAUGAGUGGAAUAAGCCCGAGACCUCAGCUUCACCAGAACAGAGAAAGAGGAGAGAACGCGAGCAGUGACCAUGGAGGCAGUAUUUCACUCUCUCUUCACCACAGCUGGCCAGCUGCCUUGGUUACUUCUGACCCUGUUAACAUCAUGGACAGUCUUGUGUUCAGCAGAUAUAAAGCAGACAAGAUGGCCAUUAUAUUCCCAGAAGCCAGUUCUUCUCGCCUGGAAUGCCCCAACACAGGAGUGUGCCCCGCGACAUCGCGUAACUUUGUAUCUCGACCAGUUUGACAUUGUUGCAUCUCCCAAUGAGGGCUUUGUCCGGCAGAAUCUCACAAUUUUCUAUAAGGAGCGCCUUGGGUUGUAUCCCUAUUAUAAGCAUGAUGGUAUUGCAGUGAAUGGAGGCCUUCCACAGCUUGCCAACAUGGUUCAGCACUAUGACAAGAUGCCUGAAGGUGUGCAAAAAUAUAUACGCGAGCCAGAGGCAAAAGGUUUGGCUGUAAUUGACUGGGAGGAGUGGCGCCCAUUGUGGAUCAGAAACUGGGAUAUUAAAGAUAUUUAUCGAGUUAAAUCCCGUGAAAUGGUGGCCAAAAAGAACCCUACCUGGACCGUAGAACAAGUGGCAAAAGUUGCACAGCAGGAGUUUGAGCUAUCUGCCCGCAAAUUUAUGCUGGAUACUCUGAAACUGGCCAAGAGUUUAAGGCCCAAUCAACUGUGGGGCUUCUACCUGUUUCCAGAUUGUUACAACCAUGACUACAGGAGUGGCCUGAAGAACUACACAGGCCGCUGUCCUGUUGUGGAGAUGGCCCGCAAUGAUCAACUUAACUGGUUGUGGAUGGAGUGUACAGCAUUCUUCCCAUCUAUAUACAUCGGUUCUGCAAUAGCCUCUACGAAUGAUGGGCGCCUCUUUGUCCGAAACAGGGUAAAGGAGGCGAUGCGCCUGGCAUCUGUUGGGGAUGGAUUAGCACGCCCUGUUUUUGUUUAUACCCGCCCUACUUACAUCAACCAGAUGACCCUUCUCACUCAGAUGGAUCUGGUCUCUACCAUUGGUGAAAGUGUUGCACUUGGAGCUGCAGGUGUAAUCUUUUGGGGGGACACCUCCUAUGCCAGCAGCAGUGCCAGCUGCUCCAUCCUAAAUGAAUAUCUUCGGGGUGAUCUGGGCCGGUACCUCCUCAACGUGUCCACAGCAGCAGAGGAGUGCAGCCAGAUGUUGUGUAAAUCCCACGGCCGCUGUCUGCGCAAAGUACCUGACAAUGACGUGUACCUGCAUCUCAGCCCCUCAACACACAGCAUCACCAGUCAGGGUGGCCAGCUGAAGGUUACAGGCAAGCCUGGCCAAGCCGAGCUGGCUCUUUUCCGCACACACUUCCAGUGCCAAUGCUACAGUGGGUACAGGGGUGAGGCCUGUGCUGUGAAAGAAAAAGGGCAGAAUAGAGCCUCCUCUGUCUUUGGGACCUGGCCUCUGUGCCUUUUACUCCCACUGGGACUCCUCUUUCUGCUACAGUGAGGAAACCGAGAAGCCCUAACUAUUCACUGCUUCUGCCAACCCUGAAAAGGACAGUGCAGACUUUUCAACACAAAGGUGGCAAGUUACUGUGCGCUAGUGGUGCUGAUGCAUCGACAACAGCAGACAGUCACUCAUAUCAGAGAUUUUUUUUAUCCCAGCUAACUGGAAUCUGUGACAAGCUGCACUGGCGGAGCUCAAACUUUAGGAUCGCCUCCUGGAACUAAUGUCCUUCCAGUUUUGCAACUGAUCCUUAGCCUAUCUCAAAUAAUGUCAAAAAUCAAAUCCACUAAAGGCCUUUGUCAUGCUCCAUAUGGACCCUGACCUCCAGACCAGAGAUGCUGCAUACCAUCACUCCACACUAAAUGGACUAAUUGUGGGACUGUUCCCACAAAUGAUAAAAUACCUUAAAAAGAAACUGCUUAACCUUAAAUUUACUGUUUUUAAUUAACAAUUUUUUUAACAUAACAUUAAAUCAAAAAGUAAAAGAAACAUACAUUUGAUGGCCAGCAUUCUGUUUUCAUUAGUUUUUGUUGCAUCACAACAAAACUACUUUUGGUAUUCUGCGUUUUUGUUUGCCUUAUGAACAAAAUGUAAAUAGUUAAUUAUGCCAGAUGAUGAUAAAUUAUGAGAAAUCGAGCCUUAAAUCUCUUUGGUUAUCUUUGGCUAACAGAAACAACACGGCUGGACCUGUUUCAGUUCAAACUAGUGCCUUACCUGGGCGAUGAAAUGCUCUUUUUUUAAUAGUUGCCUUUGUUUUAUAAAUUAUAACUAUUAAGAUUUUUACACCAGUGUUGAUCUCAGACCUCUGUUGGGCACAGUGCUAAUAAUAUGACCUCUAUGCCUUCCCAGUUUUCAUUUAAUUAACGAGGAAACUGUUUAUAUAUGAAGGAAAGGAUGAACAGAUGGUGAAGAAAAGAUAAAUGUUAUGUACUUGCAAAUGUUGUCUACUAAUUUACAUGGAUAUGACUGUGAAAACAAGUUAUGAUUUUUCAUGAAAACAGACUGAAGCCAGCUGGUCAUGGGAGAUUAAAGAGGGUUCAAGGUUUACUGGUAUUGGCAAAUCGUUUGGCUGAUAAGUAACAAGAAAUUGUAGGAGAUAAAUGCCAAAAAUAUGUUUAUUUUUAAAUUAUAAAAGGGUAUGUUUAAACAUGUCUUCAGCCACAGUUCUUGAAUAUAUAAGGGAUCAUUUUGAACAUGUUUGUGUUUAUGUAAAAAAAAAAAUGUCUUCCGAUUUUCUUUAUAGUCUAAAAUAUCGAUAUUAGCCCUCAGGGUCUAUUCACACUAAUCCGUUUUUUUAUUGUGUAGAUUGCCAGUGGUACUUUGUUGAUAGAAAUGACUGUAGGUACAUCUUCAUAUUAUUUUAUUGCCAAGUAAUUAUAUUUACUAGACUGAAGUUAGCUGAGCAGUGCCAUAUUUAUACAGUAGUUUCUGUAUCUAUUCUGGAAAGCACCGCUCAGAAAAGUAUUUAGCUAUACCUUAAAUUAGUUAUGAUGCCAGUUGGCAGGGGAUUGGUUGUGCUGUUUGAUCACAAACGGUUAUAGUAAGGAAGUUUGGUGUAUGCUGCAAACAUUUUGAAAUACUGCACUUUAACUACUUUUUUGUUGAGGUGAUCUGGCUUUUUUCCAUGGUGAUUCUUAUAAGAUAUGUUUUUUUGCCAUUUUGCCAUACAUGUAUUAAUAUUAAUAUUUGAAGCCAAAUUUGAAAAAUAUCAAAGUGUUUUGUAUUUGAAAACAUUUCAUAUUCACCUUUUAUAUCAGAAAAAAUAAUUAUUUAAAGAGGAUUUUGAAUGUAUUUUUCUGUUGUUUUUUUUCUUUUUCCGGAGGCUAUACGAUACGAUACAUGUUUAGUCUUUCUGCAAAAAUGUUUAAAAUAAACCUGGGACGUGCUGUAUUUGUAUUACACUGA